GUUCCUGCAGAGGACACGACACAGGACACGACACAAACAACAGCAGGGCACACAAACAAAGAUGGGCAAGAAGCGUGGAAGGAAGACUCGCCCAGCAACAGCAGCAGCAGAGUCGGAAGAUGGACGUACAUCGACCUUCCCGCAACACCAUGCAGCACACACCAGCAUCAACAGCAACCUUGGAAGCAGCAGGAAGACAAGGAAGGGCAAAGGAAAGGGCGCACACGCAGCGUUAUCGCCAUCGCCUACAUCAACAACAUCACCAAGACAGAGCUCCUCACGCAUGUUAGAACUUCCACCCCACAUCCAAGAUUGGUUUGAGGAUGGGAAACGGAUGCUGAUGGCGUGGACACAGCGCAAGGCUGAAAGCACGCCGGAACAGGUGCAGCGAGCAAGAACCAAGAUCCACGAGCUGUCAACCAGCAGCGACACAAAAGGGAUCCGUUUCACAGGAAGCGCCCUGCACCUUGUCUACUUUGAAACCAAGUUUGUGCGGCGUGGCACGCUCCUGUACACGCUCUUCCACACUUUGAUCAACGAUCCGAGCUGUGCCGCGUUGCGGCAGGCCGUGUGUGAGCCCUGGACCCAGCCAAGCCAGCACCCGCUCUCCGUCAUCUCGUGCGGUGGCGGCCCUGGCACAGAUGCGUCCGGUUUGGUCUGGGUGUGCAAAACACUUCUGCCGCAGCGGCGUCACGUCCCCGCCAUCACCUGCCAUCUAAUGGACUUUGAAAAGUCCUGGAAGCGAUACGAGGCCACGCUCAAUACCCUCUUCAAACCACAAGUCGAAGUCUCCUUUGUUCAUGGCGACGUUUGCACCAACCUACAAGCAGACAUCAAUCGCCACGUUGGGGUGCUUGUACCAGCAGCAGACCUGUUCAUCUUCUCCUACGUCUGCCAUGAAACCUCGGGCAGAUCCGUGGAGGGUGGACUCGCCUUCUAUCAAGACAUUGCAAAGGCUGCAAAGCCAGGGAGCGUGUUCAUCUUCUUGGAUGUCAUGCGUCACUCCGCCAAGCACUUUGGUGAAAUCCAACUGGCAAUGACCUCCGCCUGCGACUCGGUCCUUGCCCACGACACCUCCCUGCCCGCGCUUGCGCAGCUGCCAACCCAGCUCCUCAUCAUAUCGAAACGCAUUAUUUGACAUGAACGAACGACCGUCUUCACAACCACCUCAUAUGUAUCUUCGUGUGCGCGCGUAUGUGUUGUGUGCUUGUGGGUUUGCUUGUCUCUGUUUCUGUCUCACUUGAUGUCUCUGUCACACACACACACACACACACACACCUACACACCUACACACACACUCACUCACACACACACACUCUCUCUCCCCUUCUCUUUCUUUCUCGCUCUGUGCUCGCGCAGCUUCUUUCGACGCCAUACAUCCUGUUCCCCCACCCAGCGUCUUUCCAAUCACCCACUCUUUCUUGACCACAUGCGGCUGUGUCUACUACUGCUGUCUUCCGUCAAUUAGCUUGAUCAUUCGCUCAGUUGAUGCUGUAAUCAAACCAAGUACAGACAUGAGAAAGCA